AUGAGAUCUGCAUCACAUUUAGUUGCCACGCCUUCUGUGCAGGUACGAUUUUCUUCAGUGUUUGUUUUGAUUGAGCAUGAGCUGUUAACUGAAGAAGUGAAAGCAGGAGCGAAGAAAAAGAAAGACACAGCUGCAGAAUUUGGGAUUCUGGCAAGUAAGCUGCUGCCAGUAAUCAAGAGCGAAGACCGCGUGGUUACCACGGAUGAAAGGACAGAUUGGAAACGAGAACAAAAGGCUGAGUUUCCAGAUUUAGAACAGUGUUUAGUGCAAUGGUUUCGACAACAGAGGAACAAUAAUGAGAACAUUGAUGAGCUUAUUUUAAAAGAAGAGGCAGAUUGUUUUCCCGCAGCACUGGGAUACGUUACGUUUCGUACGAUGAGUGGGGAAAGUGCCAAUGUAGAUAGCAAAAUUUAUGAUGAGUGGAAGUCAGAAUUGAAGAGGAUCCUUCAAGAUUACAAGCUGGUUGAUGUUUUCAAUGCAUACGAACUUGGACGUUUUUAUAAAUGUUUUCCAGGCAAAACUUUGACUUUCCGAGGAGAAAAAUGUUACUGCGGCAGACUAAGCAAAGAUCAUUUUACUGUUAUGUUAGCAGCAAAUGUGACAGGCAUAGAAAACCUCAAGCCACUUAUGAUAGGAAAACCUAACCCCUACAUCGAGGAAUAUCACACCAAAGAAAACUAUAGGAAUGGUGCGGUCCUGAUGACAAUCCAUAGUAUUGACAGUGACAACCUACAACUAUCAAUAUUUUAG